UGUCACCGUCUUAAUUUUCUAAAUUUUGUUGUUACAAAAGUCAAAUUUUCAUGAUGGAAACGCCACUUCAUCCCCAAAAAAUGCUAGAGGAAGAUUUCAGAGAAGCUGCGUGUGACGGUGAUCGCGACAGGGUGCGAAAUUUGCUGCAGAAGGGGGUCCAAAUUGACUCCCAAAAUAGUAUGAAUGGAUGGACUGCAUUGCACUGGGCCUGUAAACGUGGCCAUUCUUCCAUUGUAAAACUUCUUCUGGCUGCUGGAGCGACCGCCAACCUUCCAACUUCUAAAGGAGACCUGCCCUUCGAACUCACUGACAACAAGGAUAUCCGAGAAAUGCUUGGAGGUGAUUCGUCAACACCUGCUAAGAAAGACAAUCUUUCAAUCACGCCACAUUAUCUGAGCCAUCCAAAGUUUCCAUAUAUCUCCGAUGAUAGAUCAGACUUUACAAUGGAUGGAGACCUAUCUGCUGCAUCGAGCCAUCGUAGGCCGGACGUGAAUCGCUAUAGACACUUGAAUGGCUAUCGAGAGGAAGAAGAAUUGGUCCUAAAGGUCCGUGUCGCACAUGCAGCAGACACCGAUUUUAUUGAAAUAGAACUGGACCACAGCAAUCUGACCUUUGACAACCUGGUCUCUGUUAUGUGUCAAGAGUUGGAGGUCGACAGGCAGAUUGUGCACAAGAUACGGAAACUGCCCGAUACAAUCGUGCGGAAAGACAAGGACGUUAAACGACUAAAAGACUUUCAGGAGCUUGAGCUAGUCCUAACGACUAAAGCAAUCAGUGCAAGUUCUAGAACAUACGGGCCAUCACCAACAAAUCCAGUAGCUCCCACCAAAGACGUUAAAACUAUAGUUUACUAAUCACCGAUUCAUGUAGUUGCUUGAUACUGUGGAUUGAAAAUUAAACUGCAAUGUAUGUGACUGCUGAAGCAUGAUCCAUGUUGGCCUAAGUGUAGUGAACCUUUGUCCAAUCUGUCCACUUGUUCGCUGCCUAUAUGUUGAUACGUGUUGUCUGUCAAGUCGUGUUGUCUCUACAAUUUAAUAAAUCUCUCUAAGCCUUGGUCUUAUACAGGGUUUGUGAGUACUAUGAUAUGAAUCCACACAAAUCAUUGGAAACAGUGUUCACCAUGACAUCACCUCACUUCUGUGUUGGCUUAUGACAGGAUCCUCCUUGAUGGAAACAUCUGUCUUGAGGACACAAACACUUCGGCACCGAGUUUCGUCCAAAAAUGGUAAUUUCCCUUCAAUUUGACUACUGGAUAUCCUUCAUCAACAACAGCACUUGUCAUCCCCAAGUGUGGCAUUAGAGGGGUACACGAACUCAAAGAAAACCUGCUCACAUUUGAUCUACACUACCUUCCAUUUAUGUUCACUGUUGGUGUCCACAUGAUAUCAAGUCAAGGCAUGAGAUUGCUAUGUGACUGAAAAGCAUGAAACUCCCUUUUUGCCUGAAAUUACAUGUACAAGUCCUUAAGGAGUAACCCAUUGAGCAGAUACAGACCAAACAGCCUAAAUUCAGGCAACUGCCUGAAGAUUCUGAAGCCUGGAGUUCUUUGGCGGUGAAAGUCGUGAGCCUUUACCAAUGGGUACUUCAUCCUAGUUGUGCAAUAUAUAUGUAUGCCUGGAUUUGUUUGAAACGAAAUGGUGUUGUAAUGAGGCUUGUAGUUGUAGCCUGGUAUCUUUUCCUAUAGACUGUCACCUGUCGUAAUGCUAAUGUUGUAUGGUGCUACCUGGUCUCGGCACAAACCAUAUACUGGUACUGUGAAUAAUAUCAAGAAUUUUGCAUGAGCUUUUAGUUUUACAUUGCAUACGUUUUGAUUUCUGGGUAAUAUUUUAUGUUAUUUGAUAGAUGCAGCGAUUUACAUAGGUUUUUUGUUGAAGACUGCUUAAGUUUAAGUCACUACAGGUACUACAUAUCGACAUCUUCCAGUGUUAGAAAGGUAACAUUUACAAGUACUGGUAUUUGCUGAUAAGUUGCGAUAGGGGUCUUUCGUUGGAAAAUAAUGGGGCGCCCUCUGACUAUAUCAUCGAAUCUCAUUUUAUCUUGAAGACAAAGGUUCUGUUCUGUCAUUUGAACAAGAGUAAAUGAAAGAUAAGACACAAAAGAAGUCAGGACACCUUGAGUUGGUUGCAAAUCUCAUGUGGAGAUAUUCUUAUCUUUCAUGAAGUGCUUUUUGGAAGAGUCCUUAUUUCAUGGUGCCAAAAUGAGAAAUAGAAAAUUUGACUUAUAUUUGAUGAACAAUCAGCUUUCCACUUCCAGUAUAUUUGGUGCUAUGCUUUGUGCGUUAGUUUUGAUAAUGAAUGUGUUUGUAUGAAAGGCAGAGAAAAUACUCUGGUUGACACUUUUAAAUUAUGUUGACGAACAUUUGUGUGAAGUUUGAUUUAGAAACUUCUGAACAUAUCAAUUCAUUGACCCUGAGUCAAGGUAAUUUGAGAGGUCAACUCAGAAUUGCUUAAUGCUGUGAGAAAUAAAAAAAUGUCAUCUCACUCUAGAAAAAAGUUUGUUUGGCAUCAACACUUUGUUUUAGAUGAUGCAAGAAGUUCGAAAAUGAUGAAAUUUGUGCAGGGAAUGGCUGACUCCCACCCCCCAGAUGAAAAAAUGUCAUCUCUCAUCACAACAUGGUAUCAAGCAAUGUGAUGUUAUUUUAGAACCCUCUUCUGAUCUUUAUUUGAACCCUUUUUCUGGGCUUUAAUAAAUGUCUGGCGCUGAAAUA